GUGUAACUUGAGGAAAAUAUACCGCGACACAGGAAACGACGCCUUCGGCCCGUGCAGGAAUGAGAAACUUCCGACGAGAAGACGAAUACGAACUUUCACACUGUGAGAGUCUUCGCUUCGUUAAGCUUCGUCGAGAAGGCUUUUAUUGUCAUUUCAGAUCUCUCUCUCUCUCUCUCUCUCUCUCCGUGGGUUCGAUUUCAGACUCACUAUUUGGCGUCGCAGAGAGAAACACUUGUGCAAUUCUCAUUGGCCCUAGCCCUUUUAGCGGGAAAAUUUCAAGCUCUCCCUCACCUAAUCACUGACCUUGACCUAAUCUCAGUUUUUUGUUUUGAAUACUCUGAGAGAGAGAGAGAGAGAGAUGGGGGCGUCGGACAAUGUGAAGGGGCUGAUAUUGGCGGUGGCGUCUAGCGUCUUCAUCGGCACAAGCUUCAUCGUGAAGAAGAAGGGCCUCAAGCGCGCCGGUGCCGCUGGUACUCGUGCAGGAGUUGGAGGUUACACUUAUUUACUAGAGCCACUUUGGUGGGCAGGGAUGGUGACAAUGAUUGUUGGAGAGGUUGCAAACUUUGUGGCUUAUGUCUACGCUCCAGCAGUUCUAGUAACCCCACUUGGUGCACUGAGUAUAAUUAUCAGUGCUGUUUUGGCUCACUUCUUGUUGAAGGAACGUCUGCAGAGAAUGGGUAUUGUAGGAUGUGUAUCCUGCAUUGUGGGAUCAGUUGUAAUUGUAAUCCAUGCACCUGAGGAGCAUACUCCAAAUUCUGUAGAAGAAAUCUGGAAUCUGGCAACACAACCAGCCUUUCUAAUAUAUGUUGCAGCUACACUUUCAAUAGUGCUGGCCUUGAUUUUGCAUUUUGAACCUCGCUAUGGGCAAACAAAUAUGCUGAUCUACUUGGGAAUUUGUUCUUUGAUGGGUUCACUUACGGUUGUAAGCAUAAAGGCCAUUGGAAUUGCAAUUAAGCUUACGCUGGAGGGGGUAAGUCAAAUAGCUUAUCCUCAGACUUGGUUUUUUCUCACUGUUGCGGUGAUCUGCGUCAUUACACAGCUAAAUUACCUGAACAAGGCAUUGGAUACAUUCAGCGCAACAAUUGUUUCUCCAGUAUAUUAUGUAAUGUUCACAACUCUGACUAUCAUCGCUAGUGCCAUAAUGUUCAAGGAUUGGUCAGGUCAGAAUGCCAGCAGCAUAGCCUCUGAGUUAUGCGGAUUCAUCACUGUGCUUUCAGGAACAAUCAUACUUCAUGCAACCAGAGAACAGGAACCACCUCCUACACAAGGGACUGUAACAUGGUACGUCAGUGGGGAUUCAAUGAAAUGUUUUGAAGAAGAAGAACAUUUGAUCACUAUACACAAUUCAGAUGGUCUUGAACAAUGAGCUUUUUUAUUUUUUAAGAGAACAUGAUUCCCCAGCAAAUAGCAAUGAAGCAACCCGCGGCUGCUGUUAAGAGUAGUAGAGUGAGAAGCUCCUUGUUUUCUCUGGACAAACCUUCGGGUAUCAUAGUCCAGUCGCAACAUCUUCCUUCUCCCCGUUCUUCACAAGCCAGGGGACAAGAUCCUCCUAUCACCGCAAUCUUCGCAUGAUGCACUCCUCUCUACUCAGAUGGGGGUUACAGGGCUGUAUCAGAGGCAGUGGAGAUUCCUAAAUUGAGCUCGUGGCAGGUUUUGUCGUAUAUUAGAGUUCAUGAUUUAUUUAUUUAAUUUUUUUUUUUCUGUACAAAUUUGUGUUUUUGUUUUUUUUCCCUAUUAAAUAAAUUGAAGUUAGGGGCUUCUAUCAUUCGAUUC